ACAUCUGUCUCCAAUGCAUCUAAAUGAAUUUUGUAAAAAUUAAUUUUUGCUAAUUACAGGGGGAGCCGCGGUGGCCGAUGAUGAUAAUGCAGAACGCCGACCACAAGAUACAAGUCGCGGUGCGUUCCAUUCGGAACUUGAAAUACAUAAACAGCUCAAACUUUAAAAACUGGCUACGUUCUCUGUACGAAUUCUCCAUUCGAUUCAAUAUACUUCUAUUUCCGGUACAUCAAAACAUCAACAACAUAAAAUGGCAAACGCACGACCCCAGUCAAAAACAACGGUCAAAGCCCGUCUACCCCCAUCAUUCAUCGUAACCACACAAGACAAGUCGUGGACCGCUACUCCGAAGAAUUGGCUCUAUGGAUCGUGGCACAUGACGCAUACGUCGCAGCAAUACUACUGGGAACGCACGAAGAACUUCGUGAUUCAGUAUGCACCCGUCAUGAAUGGGAUAUGGCCCUGCACAAACCAGGAGCUGGUGUCCCUCACCCCAAUCAAACAGCCAGAGCGCAUCUACACUGCCUUUGGAAUUGACUCGCCUAUUGCUGGUCUCGAUGAUGCAUGGCUCUGUCAAUGUACAGGACAUUUGAGCCACAUAUCAGACCACGUUGCAUUCCUGGCCUGGGGUACCGAUUUGCAGCUGGUAGAUUGGGUUGUGCUGUAUUCAGCUCCACUGCCAGGAGCUACCGCCGGACUUCCAGCGCAGGUCGCAAUAAUGAGUCGCGCACAUUCCGGUCCUGAUGAAACAACAGUGGGAGCAAUCAAAGAAGCGCUAUUCAAUUUGGGAGAUGAUGAAUUAAUCAAGCUCGUGGGUAAUAUGCGGCCUUUGUUGCAGGAAGAUCUUGAAGGUGGACGCCCGACUUGUGAAUAUCAUGUUGUUCAAAAUGUGGAUUCUUUGACUAGAUUUUGAUAGAACUAAGUUUCGUAUCCUUGGCAUUCCGCUUGGGUCCCUAGAAAGAAAAUUCCAACAAUUGUUGAUAUAUUAAAUAUGUAUAUAUCGGAGGUAUGUACAAUGGAUAAUAUUAGAUAAUAAUUGCCAGGUGCAUGCAUGCAUGUACCUUAUUGGCCUGAAGAUUUCGGACAAGCCUAAAACGGAUGUUUGAGAGUCGGGUUGGCAACUGGAGACAGGAAAUUUGAUUGAUGUAUCCGGCAUUGGAAGAUCAUGUCAUUCAAGGAGUAAUCGAAGCAUUUCCACUUGCUCACACAGCCCCCCUAUUAUGCUUACCCGAAUUCUCCAGAUUAAUUCGGUACUCGUGUUGCGCAAAACUCCGGACGCUAGGAAAUGAUCGUUGUUAUCAGCCUGCAUCAUUUUCAAGGUUCCCCUUCCUUUCUUAACG